UGACAUGCGGCGCGGCCCGGGCGGCGGGCGGCCGAGCAGCGGGCGGCCGGGCAGCGCAAGUGGCCGAGCGGGCAGCAGGGGCCGCGGGGCGAGCGGCGUCCCGGCCUCGGCGCUCCGAGGGCGUCGGAGGUGCGGCCCGGAGCCAUGGUGAUCAUGUCGGAGUUGAGCGCGGCCCCCGCGGGCUCGGGCCAGGGCCAGCAGAAGCCCCUCCGGGUGGGCUUUUACGACAUCGAGCGGACCCUGGGCAAGGGCAACUUCGCGGUGGUGAAGCUGGCCCGGCAUCGAGUCACCAAAACCCAGGUUGCAAUAAAAAUAAUCGACAAAACACGAUUAGAUUCAAGCAAUUUGGAGAAAAUAUAUCGUGAGGUUCAGAUCAUGAAGCUUCUGAAUCAUCCUCAUAUCGUAAAGCUUUAUCAGGUCAUGGAAACUAAGGACAUGCUAUACAUCGUCACUGAAUUCGCGAAGAACGGAGAAAUGUUCGAUUACUUGACGUCGCACGGGCACCUGAGCGAGAGUGAAGCCCGCAAGAAGUUCUGGCAGAUUCUGUCGGCCGUGGAGUACUGCCACAGCCACCACAUCGUCCACCGGGACCUCAAGACCGAGAACCUGCUGCUGGACGGCAACAUGGACAUCAAGCUGGCAGAUUUCGGGUUUGGGAACUUCUACAAGUCAGGAGAGCCCCUGUCCACGUGGUGUGGGAGCCCCCCCUACGCAGCCCCCGAAGUCUUUGAGGGGAAGGAGUACGAAGGCCCCCAGCUGGACAUCUGGAGCCUGGGUGUCGUGCUGUACGUCCUUGUCUGCGGCUCCCUCCCCUUCGACGGGCCCAGCCUGCCGGCGCUGCGGCAGCGGGUGCUCGAGGGCCGCUUCCGCAUCCCCUUCUUCAUGUCUCGAGACUGUGAGACGCUGAUCCGCCGCAUGCUGGUGGUGGACCCUGCCAAGCGCAUCAGCAUGGCCCAGAUCCGGCAGCACCGCUGGAUGCAGGCCGACCCCUCCCUGCUGCCGCCGGCCUGUCCGGCCUUCUCCCUGCUCAGCUACAACUCCAGCCUGGGCGACUACGACGAGCAGGCGCUGGCCAUCAUGCAGGCGCUGGGCGUGGACCGGCAGAGGACCGUGGAGUCCCUGCACAGCAGCAGCUACAACCACUUCGCGGCCAUCUAUUACCUCCUCCUGGAGCGGCUGAGGGAGCACCGGCUGGCCCAGCCGCCCGCCCGCCCCGGCCCCGCGCGCCAGCCCCCGCAGCGGCCCAGGAGCACCGACCUCAGUGCAUUCGAGGUGCCCCAGGAAGGCUUGCCCGGGGCUGCUUUCCGCUCGUCCCUGCUGUGCGCGCAGGCCCAGACCUUGGGGCCAUCUCUGCUGUCGCCCGAAGUGGACUGGGACCUUCACAGCUCCUUGCAGCCCUUGCUCUUCCCCGUGGACGCCAGCUGCAGCGGUGCGUUCCGGCACCGCUCCGUCUCCCCCAGCAGCCUGCUGGACACGGCCAUCAGUGAGGAGGCCAGGCCGGGCCCGGGCCUGGAGGAGGAGCAGGACGUGCAGAAGCCCCCGCCUGGCAGCACGGGCCGGAGGCACACGCUGGCCGAGGUCUCCACCUGCUUCUCCCCGUGCGCCCCCCCGUGUAUUGUCGUCUCCCCAUCCGUGGCCAAUCCUUCUGAAGGCACCAGCUCCGACAGCUGUCUGACCUCUGCCGGCGACGGCCCAGCUGGGCUCAGUGGACACUUGGCUGCUCAGGGCCUGCUGGGCGUCUGCUCCCCGUUCAGACUGGCCUCGCCGCUCCUGGGGGCCCAGUCCGCCACCCCUGUGCUGCAGGCGCAGGGGGCCCUGGGAGGUGCCGCCCUGCUCCCCGUCAGCUUCCAGGAGGGCCGGAGGGCAUCAGACACCUCGCUCACUCAAGGCCUGAAAGCCUUUCGGCAGCAGCUGAGGAAGAACACGAGGGCCAAAGGGUUUCUGGGGCUGAACAAGAUCAAGGGGCUGGCUCGCCAGGUGUGCCAGCCCUCCUCUGGCCGGACAGCGCGGGGCGGCCCGAGCGCCUUCCCGCUGCCUGCGCAGAGCACAGGCCCGCCGGGCGGCGUGGCCAGCGGCGGGGAGGGCAGGAGUCUCCUGAAGGAGGUGCUGCACCAGCAGAGGUUGCUCCAGUUACAGCACCACACGGCGGCCCCACCCAGCUGCCAGCACGCGCCACCGCCGCCGCCCCCGGGCCCCCUGGUCCUCGGCCCCUGCGACGGCACCCUCCUCGUGUCCGGACUGCAGAAGGAGCUGGGGCUGGGGCCCUGCCCGCUGCUGCCGCCCCACCUGCUCCAGGCCGGGGUCUCCCCGGUGGCAUCGGCCGCCCAGCUGCUGGACACCCACCUGCGCAUCAGCAGCCCCCCGGCCCCUGUGCCCGCUGCGGCCGCCCCCCAGCCCUGCUUCACCAUGCUGCCCCCGAGCUUUGCGCCCACGGGGCUGCCCCAGGGGGACUGUGAGAUGGAGGACCUGACGUCGGGAACACUGGGCACCUUCGUCCUGGUGCAGUGAGGGACCGGCCGGGCAGCCGACUUCUCCAAGCAAUAAUUUCAGCGUAUGUGAAGACGUCUCCGGACUCAAAGCCAACAACGUUCCAGAAGCGAAACAAGCAAUACGUUUGGUGUUUUGGCUUUUUAGUUUAUUUUUGUUUUACUCUGACCUUGCACUGAGCACCUGCGACUCCAAGUAGGGACUAGAAACUUUUGCUGAAGAAAAAUAAUAAUCCAGGGGCGUGACGUUGGGAGGGUGGACGGGACGGGUUGGGGGGCAGUGGGGUGAGCGCCCAGGUCGCGGUCGGGGUCCCAGGGAGGGGCGCGGGGGGGCUUGCCUCCAGGAAACCAAGGUGGGAGCCACGCUCCAUGGGAGCCAGGGGGCGCGUCCCCGGUGGGGGUGUGUGUGUGUGUGUGUGUGUGUGUGUGUGGUGUGUGUGUGUGUUGAGUGGGGGUUUUUGGUUAACAGUUCUCCACUUCCUGAAACAUUUACGCUUCACUUGAAAACUGUGAACUUUCUGCUUUACAUGUCGAGUUUUUGAAAAGCUCUCCAUCCAGCUCACGGGAAGAUACUCUCCAAGGUCUUGGAAUCUCUGCCCUGAGAUCAGAGCCCAGAGGGUAGUUUUUCUUAUUUUAGAGAAGACGUUCUAUAAACUGCUUGGUUUUCCGGGAUGCUUUGGAGGGUCCCAGAGGCGCCUGGGCGGGGCGGGGCGGCAGCUCCCCUGUCACCCGCAGCCCCGGGGCACCCUCGUGGGAGCCGGGGAAGUUUCUUCUCCUGUACCUCUAAUUUCCGCUGCUAAUUAAGUUUUUAUGCAUUUCAUUAUCAGGGUCCAAAAAGAACAGCUGACUCGGGUGGGGUUAUGUGCAAUAUAUACGGGGCGGUUCUGGGCGGGGGUGGGGGUGGGGGGCGCCGGCCCACCUCGUCCAGGCCCCGCGCUCGGUGGGCUUUCGUUUUAGGAAGAUGAAAUGAGAGGUCAGGUCAGUGCUGUUCAAGCUUUGUUCCUUUUUAAAGCCAACACUGUACAUGUAUAUAGAUAGACAAACAUACACUACUUAUUUUUUAUAUUUUUUGCUACAUUGUUGUGUUCCUGGUUUGAAUUUCCCUCUCUGGUAACGUGACAAAGUGCCGGCACCAGGUCCGCGUGGAGGCGGGGCUGGGCAGCUGGAGACAGGUGAGCUCACCUGGCAGGUGAGCUCAGGUGGUGGCUCCGUGGAACCGAGGGACUGCUGCUGCCGCCGCUGUGGCCGGUCCACGCCGCCCCUCUACCAACCAGGUGCCUUCAGCGGACGUCGGCUCUCGCCACCCACAGUGUUAGGCCCAGGUGGCGCCGACCCGGGAAGGUGGCAUCUGUAGAAGCCAAAGAUUGUCAUGCCCCCAGGGGCCGGGAGGCUGCCCCACGCCGUGUUUGCCUGGCUCUGCUGCUGCUGCUGUAUGGCUGUUUCCAGGAUUGGGACAGAGGACAAGCCUGGCGCCUGGCCACCAAGAAGUCCCCAAGGCCUCCCAAGACUCGCAGGGAAGGUGUGGGCCGGGAGAGCCCCAGAGCCCCGGGGGCGCCGACCUCAGCCUUCACCUUGAGGGAGGCGCUGUGGACCCCUCGAGGCCGCCUCCCUCCUUGACGCGUCUGUCCUAACGCCAUCGAUCAAAGGCCUCAGAACCGUGACAAGCACUUUACUCUCACGCGGUUUUCUCUGUCACCGUCAGUCGCGUUCCGUGUCGUCCGGUGUGUGCCACGCGUGUGCCAUAGAUUUCUGGGCAGCGCCGUUCCGCAGACUGAGCGCGGGGGCCUGUCCCCAGGCACCACACCGUCUGAGAUGUACAUAGUUUGGGUUGCCUUUUUUUUUUUUUUUUUUUUUACCAUAACUGAAUUAUUUUAUUUCGUAUGUUAACAUGAGAAACGUAUGCCAAAUGAUUAGUGGACGUAUGUUUUUUAAUUUAAUAUUUAAAUAAAACUUUUGGGGGAAAACCCUUGACUUCCU